UUCGUGCGAGAGAAACUACGUUUACCAGUUUGUUCGGAGUGUUCACGCACUGUGUUCGUGACAAUAAUAAAACAUCGGCUAAUAUUUAGAAAUAUUUACGUGAAAAGUGAGAGUCGAUACCUACUAGUAAAUGUGAGUUCUAUCGAAACAAUAUGCGAUCAAGAUGGAUUAUAUUUAUUGCUGCUCUGAUAAAGAUGUCGCGUCAAGGCAGUUUUACUCGUCCCAAUGUUGUUUUUAUAAUUGCUGACGACUUGAGCAAUGUUUCAGGGAUGGGAUGAUGUUAGUUUUCACGGGUCAAAUCAAAUAUUGACUCCAAACAUCGACAUGCUGGCGUAUACCGGUGUACCUCUCGAGCGAUACUACAGUCAUUGCAUAUGCACGCCCUCUAGAUCUGCACUCCUUACGAGCAAAUUUGCUCACGUGUUAGGUAUGCAAGGCUAUCCCCUCACAAAUGCCGAAGAUCGCGCUAUACCACUGACAGAAAAACUGCUCCCGGAAUAUUUCAAGGAUCUGGGAUACGCCACUCACCUCGUGGGCAAAUGGCACGUAGGUCACUCCCGGUCCCGGUAUUUGCCUACAUUUCGUGGAUUCGACACACAUUUCGGUCACAGGGCUGGAUACAUCGAUUAUUAUGAAUAUUUACUUCUUGAAACGUGGAGUAAAGGUCAAGUUUCCGGCUUGGAUUUAUACAGAAACGUGACACCGGCCUGGGACGUGAGCGGCUAUGUGACGGAAUUGUAUACUAAUGAAGCUGUAAAUAUUAUCAGAAACCAUCACAUUUCAAGACCUCUUUUCUUAAUGUUGUCGCACAAUGCUCCUCACGCAGCUAAUGAAGGCGCGAUGUUGCAAGCUCCACCAGAACAAGUGCGUGCUCAACGCCAUGUUGAAUCUCCUCAAAGAAGGAUUUAUUCAGCUAUGGUUAAGAUGCUUGAUGACAGUGUUGGAGAAAUUAUAAAAGAAUUGCAAUUAAAACAUAUUCUAGAUAACACUAUUAUAGUCUUUGUGUCAGAUAAUGGUGGAAUAACAACUGGUGAAACUGCAAAUUUCGCAUCCAACUAUCCGUUGAGAGGACUAAAAUUUAGCCCAUUUGAUGGAGGUAUAAGAGUAAACGGAUUAAUUUGGAGUAAGAAUUUAACUGACUCCCGAUACACGUGGAAAGGUUUCAUUCAUGUUGUUGAUUGGUUGCCAACAUUACUGACUGCUGUUGGUGCUAGCGUACCAAAAGAUAUUGAUGGAAUCAACUUGUGGGAGAGCAUUACUUCAAAUAAUGAAUCAAAUCGAAAUGUCUCAUACGAAAUAAAUGAUUUUGACGGUUAUGCUGCAAUAAUUUUUAAUGACUAUAAAUUAAUAACAGGAAAAGUACCUGAUAGCUAUAGUACUCAUGAAGGAAAAGAAUUGAAAGGUAUAAUUGGGAAAGCUCCACCGUACAAAGAGGCUCUCAGAAAAAGUGCUACUUAUAAAAUAUUCCAAAGCAAAGGAAUACAAAUUAAUAUAAGCGAUGUACGAAAAAAUACAAUCAGGGUUGAUUGUAACACUAAUAAUUAUGAGGAAUUAUGCCAUCCAAAACAAGAUGUUUUAUGCCUGUUUAAUAUCAAAGAGGACCCUUGUGAAACCGAGAAUUUAUCAAGCAGAUAUCCAGAUAUCGUUGAAACAAUGCACGGGCUUUUAAUGGCUGAAAUUAAAAGAUCUGUAAAACGUAAAAAAACAAUAUUCAGAGAUCCAAAAGCACGGCCUUCUUUACAUAAUUAUACUUGGACUUCGUGGUUGGACAGUGUUGACAAGAAAACAGUUCAAUCAAAAUGAAACUUAAAUUGUUACUAUGUAUUGCGGUUUGGAAAAUUUAAUAAAAAAUGCGUACAUUUUUGUA